AUGCCGCGCGAAGACCUGUCUCGGCCCCCCCUGGAGCUGCCGUCAUUGUCAUUGGCCUGCCAGGAGGAUGCGGCUCAGAUCCUUACAGAUCCAGGUCCUCGGUUCGCGAUGGCAUCAGGAGCCUAUGAGAAGUCGUCCACCAUGUUCCUUUCGAGAAAGACCCUCGCGCUCAUCGCCUCCGCCACCCUCGUUGCAGGACACGGCUACGUCACCAACGGUACCAUCGGAGGAUCGGAUUAUGAAUUUUACCAGCCAUACCAAGACCCUUACAAGUCCCCCGUUCCUGACAGGGUCUCCCGAAAGAUCACCGGCAAUGGCCCAGUGGAGGACGUCACUUCUUCUGACAUCCAGUGCGGUGCCGACACCGCCCCGGCUGCCCUUGUCGCUGAGGCCGCAGCUGGCUCCGACGUUGAGCUUUACUGGACUUUGUGGCCUGAGUCCCACGUCGGCCCUACCAUCACUUACAUGGCAAAGUGCGACAACGAUGACUGCACGACCUACACGCCCGGAACCGACGCUGUUUGGUUCAAGGUCCAGGAAUCCGGCCGGGAGGGUACCUCCGACACCUGGGGAGCUACCCCUCUCAUGACCGCUGGUGGCAGCGUCACCUACACCAUCCCCGAGUGUAUCGAGCCUGGCAGCUAUCUGGUCCGCCACGAGAUCAUUGCUCUCCACUCGGCCUACAGCUACCCUGGUGCCCAGUUCUACCCCGGCUGCCACCAGAUCAAGGUCACCGGCGGUGGCUCGACCACCCCCUCUGACCUUGUGGCUUUCCCCGGAGCCUACAAGGGAGCCGACGCUGGUAUCACCUACGAUGCCUACAAGGCCACCGAGUACACGAUCCCCGGACCUGCCCUGUUCUCUUGCUCCGGCUCCAGCUCCAGCGGUUCGUCUUCGGGCUCGUCUUCGGGCUCGUCUUCUGCCGCCUCCUCCGCCGCCACCACCCUGGCUACCGUGACAAAGGCUUCCUCCACAGCUUCCAGCACCUCCGUUUCUGCUGCCGCAGCGGUCGUGACCUCCAGUGCCGAUGAGGGCGACGACGGCUGUGACGUUCCUGCCACCACCACCACCGCCACCAGCAGCUCUGUCCCCGCCAACGUUGCUGCUGCCGCCACCUCUGACGCAUCUGCCUCCGACGACGACGCUUGCGACGCCGAGGAGACCAUCACCGCCACCAUCACUGCCAGCUCUCCUGCGGAGACUGGUGCUGCUGAUGAGUGCCCCGCCGAUGAGGAUGAGAGUGCUGAUGACGGCGCUGCUGACGAGGGUGACGAUGAGUGUGACGCUUAA